AUGGAUUCAAAGUGCAUAUUUAUUGGAUUUAUUGUGUCUUUCGCCUUUCUAAUCUCCAGUGAGGCACCUUUUGUUAAAAUGACGAAUGCAGUUUGUGAGUCAUACAACAAGUCGUGGGUGGUCUUUCAUUAUUGUCGACUGAAGGCCUACUCCCGAAACAAAACCAGCUUGAAUAUAAAUGCCACCUUUCUGCAGCCAGCUAAUAAUAUAUUUAUUAAGUUGAGGAUAAUGAAGAAGGCCAAUGGCUAUAAGCCGUUUCUAUUUGAUUACACUUUCGAUGCGUGCGAGUUUAUGAGAAAGCGAAAUAAACCCUUCACGAAGAUCAUAUGGAAUAUGAUCAAGGAUGUAUCCACCGUGAAUCAUACUUGCCCCUAUGAGGGCUUACAAACGGUGAGCGAUUUCCAUCAUAUCCAUUUUCCUGUUCCUUGGCCAUCUGGAGAGUAUUUACUUUUGGCGGAUUGGAUUUUUUAUGCUAAGCGGCAAUUCGUUACAAAUGUUUAUUUUACAUUUGUGGAGGAUUUACUGACAAACAGUUCAAAUUACGGGAAAAAUAAAUAA